AGCGGCCACUCUACCAAACAGUUUUCGUGUUUGCGUUUGAAGGUUGCUAGGCAACCCUUGGAUCCACAGAAAAUUCGAGCCAAAGACAACAAAAGAGACCUACUGACAGCGCCGCAGUGGAGACAAUGGGCCUGCUGACCAAGCUGAUGGCCAUCCUCGGUUUCAACAGACGCGAGGUCAACGUUUUAGUGGUCGGACUGAACAACAGCGGUAAGUCCACGCUGGUCAACCAGUUGAAGCCAGAAGAACAGAGGGCCACGGAGAUCGUCCCCACGGUUGGAUUCAACGUUGAGAAAUUCAACAACAAAAAUGUUGGCUUCACCGCAUUCGACAUGGCUGGCCAAGGUCGAUACAGAGAACUGUGGGAGCACCACUAUAAAGAUUGCCAAGGAAUAAUAUUUGUGGUUGAUUCGUCGGACGGUCUUCGAUUGGUCGUCGCCAGAGAUGAAUUGGAGGCCUUGCUCGACCAUCAACACAUCCGGUCAAAGCGGCACUUGCCCAUUUUAGUUUUUGCCAAUAAAAUGGAUGUUCGAGGCGCCUUGUCCGCAGUUCAGGUAUCUGCAAGUCUCGGGCUUGAAAAAAUUUCAAAUAAACCGUGGCACAUUUGCGCCAGUAACGCAAUGACUGGGGAAGGCCUUCAAGAAGGAAUAGAAUGGCUUACAAACCAAAUAAGGCAAUCUGUAAUGUUAGAGGAGAACUCGUAAUUUACUAUGAAAAUGUACAUUUAAAUUAUUGUAAUGACAACAUUUUUGAGUCUAUCAUCGAUACUAAAAUAUGACAACUGCACAGUUACUCCGUCCGUCAAAAUCAGACUGAAGAGUGACCAUAAUAUUUUGGCUUCUUGUAGGCAAGAAAAAAUUAGAAAAAUAUAAACCUACGGAUGAUGAUGAUGUGUAAUAAAU